AUGCAACCGUACGACUCUUUCACCGGGACAGAUAGCUUGGCAAAUCCAACCAAUAACUCGCCUGAGUACACUCACAACAGGGAUACCAGCAGUGAGCUCAGAUGGGCUGCUGGGCCGGUCAAAAAUGGUGACAUUCAGGGAAACUGGCCCAAUGGUUCUGCGACUGGAGGCAUCUCGCAUGCACUCAGCCAACAGUUCGAAUUCGGCCCUGCAGUCCUCGCACACGUCUCAGCUGAGGCUUCGGCUAGUCUGCCUGAAUUUGACGAGGUACAGCUUGACGCCUCACCGGGUCGCGGCAUAUUCAACGAUUGGGGUUCUAAUAUUGACGUUGGGGCUAGUGCUGGCCCAGUUGGCGUCGCUUCCAGCAUCAGUUCGGCUUCAGAAACUUCCCAAAAGAGGCAACCGACGAGCUCACGCGGAUGGAUGGGCGGUAAUUUAUUGCGAAGCCUAAUGGCCCGUGGCUGGACAAAGUCAGGCAUUGCUGACAACCUUGGAGACCGUGUUAAGAACUCUGGGCUACGUGAGCGCCCCGCAAUGCCCAGCAUCUCAGCCAACAUCCUGUCGACUAUCGAUCCUAGGGACAUUUUGCAGGACACAAUACACAACUUCCAUCCUAUGUACAGACAUUACACGCAAUAUGUGAGUUCCUUUCUUUCACAGUUGAAGAUUCGCCUCUAG